AUGCUGCCCAGCAGAGGUGUCCUCCGCUCCCUUCCCUCUGCGAGGGCGACCAGCAGCAUAUCCAGCCAGGCCAUCUCCAGAGCACCCAGACGACUCGGCAAUGGACGGCAAUUCAGCACCUCCCUGCGCAGCGGCGCCGCCCCGUGGACCGCUCUGAGGACCGCAAACUCUAGACUGGCCGGCAGCAUGGCCAUCGGUGGCUCCCUCGAGACAAGACGAGCCAUCUCCCUCUGGAACAAAAACCCCAACCCCGAGUCGACAGCAUCAGCCUCGGCGCCGCCCCAAUCUCCAGUACUCUCACAACAAGUCGAGCCCGCUGCUUUCGACUCUGCCGCUGCCGCUGCCGCUCCCUCUUCCGUCCCUCCUCCCGCCGAGCCCAUCGCGGCCGUCGCCGACGCAGCCCCUUCGGCCUCCUCCAUUCCCGAAAUCGACGCCGCCUCCCUCCUCGACCUUCCCGAGCAGAUCGGCUACCUCAAGACCCUCGGCCUUGACUUCGGCUGGGGACCUUCCAGCGUCAUGCAAUGGGCCCUCGAGCACGUCCACGUCUACUCCGGCCUCCCCUGGUGGGGUUCCAUCGCCGCGACCGCCAUCCUCCUGCGUCUGGCCCUCCUGAAGCCCCUCCUCAAGUCCCAGGAGACUACCGCUCGCCUGCAAAUCCUCCAGCGCGAUCCCAAGUACGAAGAGCUCAAGAACGCCUCCCUCGAGGCGACAACAAGGGGCGACAGCAAGGCCAUGAUGGAGUACCGCCGCGACCUGGCCAUGAUGAACCGUGCCGCCGGCGUCAACCCUCUUAACGCCCUCUGGGGAUUCCUCCAGAUUCCCUUCGGAUACGGCAUGUUCCGUGUCCUCAACGGCGCCUGCAGCAUCCCCGUCCCUGGUCUGGAGAACGGUGGUUUCCUCUGGGUCACUGACCUUUCCGUCCCCGACCCGCUCUACAUCCUCCCCAUCCUUGGUCCCUUGACCAUGUUCGCCAUGAUGCGCACUGCAGGCGCAAAUGCCACUGCUCAGCAAAAGGCCCAGCAGAAACUCAUGAUGUGGAUCCUCGGUCCCAUCUCAGUCGGCGUCACGCUGUACCUCCCCGGUGCGGUGCAGUGGUACUUCUUCGUCUCUGGCGCCAUCGGUGUCGUCCAGAACUACCUCCUCACCCUCCCCUCCUUCCGCCGCAGCAUGGGCCUCCCCAUCAUCGCCCCGGCCCCGCAGACCCCGGCCUUCAACACCAUCCCCGCCACGGGCACAUACCAGGCCCCGCGCGCCGGCUCUAACGACGACGGCAGCAUCAAGGGCGUCUUCGCCAACGUCCAGCAGACGAUCCACAAGGCCAAGGGCGGCGCGGGCAACUACGUAGAGGAGGCCCGCAAGCGCGAGGAGGCCAAGACGGCGGAGAAGUUCCAGGAGAAGAAGUUGGAGCAGCACAGACAGAGGAACUGGGGCAACAUUCGAAAGUAA